AUGGCCGCCAAAUCCGCCUCCCGCUCGCGGCCUGCGGUCCCUUCAGCCCAGAAACUUACCAAGGCAAACACAAGCAGGUCCUCUAGAUCCAGAGAAUGGUCCGCAACACGUAGAGCCGCCGAAGAGUCGCUCUCCAUACAGGUACAAUACACGCUAAAUGGCCUCAUAGCACUGCUCGUCAUGCACACCCUCUCCUCCCCGUCCUCCUUGUCUCUCGCCCAUCUCUCCUCCCACUUGCACCUGCCUCACUCGCUUCAUUCCAUCAUCCCAUCCUGGCUCAGGUUGCCAUCGCUAGCGCCCUUCGCCUCCGACCUCCCCAACGCGUCCGACAAGGGCGGUCACCAAGUGUGGUCCAAUCUCGCUUCCAAUCUGGUCGGCGAAGCUAGUCUCGGUCCUUUUCGCAGCGAUGCACGUGGGUUUGGCCACCCACUCACGGCUCUACACAACUUUACACGCGCCUGCCUGGGACUCUCGUAUGGCGUACCCGACCCCUCGAUUUCGCCCAUCGCCGCUCUCAAGCACCAUGCUCACCGUGUCGCUGGCGACCACGCUGUGCAUGCAUCCGCUCCCUGGGCGCUCCUUACUGGUGUCCCCGGCUACUUGUACGAACGAGGUCUCAACGAUGCGCUCUUUGUCGGCACUCUCGUUCUGCUCUUUACGCUGGGUCGCGCGCUUCUUAUGAAGUUUCUGCUCUUGCCUUUGGGCGAAGCUGCUGUGCCGCAUCCCAAAAAGCCACGCAAAUCGGAGCGUCAGUCGCCCGAAGCAAUCAACGAGCGCGCCAAAGCCCUUCGCACCCGUGAGAAGGAGGUCCUUCGAUUUGCGGAGCAAGGCUUCAGCCUCAUCUAUUACACCUGCUCGUGGAGCCUGGGUCUUUACAUUGCCUCUCGCGAAUCCUACUGGCCGCUCAACACGGUCGAGUACUGGACCAACUACCCGCAGUCUCAGCUGGAACCGCUCUUCAAGUUUUACUACCUUGCCUCGUGCGCCUUUUACAUCCAGCAGCUCUUUGUGCUGCAUGUCGAAGCACGUCGCUCGGACCACUGGCAGAUGUUUUCGCACCACGUCAUCACCAUCGCGCUCAUCGCCGGCUCGUACGUCUACAGCUACCACCGCGUGGGCAAUGCCAUCCUCUGCCUUAUGGACCCGAGCGACAUCGCGCUCAACGUGGCAAAGAUGCUCAAGUACGCUGGCUGGCAGACGACGUGCGAUCUCGCGUUCGGUCUAUUCAUGGUCUCGUGGCUCGUCACGCGCCACAUCCUCUACAUGCGCGUGGUGUGGAGCUGCAUCUACGAUGCGCGCAAAGUCAUGACCUUCCGACCUUCCGACCGUGCGAUUGGCAACUACUUUACGCACACCUCCUACUUAACGCUGAUCGUCCUGCUUUGCGCUUUGCAGAUCAUCCUGCUCAUGUGGUUCUACAUGAUCUGCAGGGUGGCGUAUCGCGUGGUCACGAAGGCGGGCGCGGUCGACUCGAGAAGUGACGCAGAGAGCAGCUAUGAGGAUGACGAUCUGCAGAGCGUCGAAGCUGCUCAACAGGCUGCUACGGACAAUACAAACACAACAGCGAUAGAGCCGAAAGCGACGACGGUAGCCAAUGGGUCAGCCAAGAAGAGAUCGAAGCGCAAGUAG